AUGAUCACAGGAGGCGAGGGUUUUAUUGCAUCAUGGCUCGUUCGUCACCUCGUCCUCACUUACCCCGGAGUUUACAACGUCAUAUCAUUCGACAAGCUAGACUACUGCUCCUCCCUUAACAACACACGCGCUCUCCGCGAGAAACCCAACUUCACUUUCUACCAAGGCGAUAUCACAAGCCCAAGCGAAGUCCUAGACUGCCUUAAUCGCUAUAACAUUGACACAGUCUUCCACUUUGCAGCGCAAUCGCACGUUGAUAUCAGUUUCGGUAAUUCAUACAGUUUCACAGAGACAAACGUGUACGGCACCCAUGUCCUUCUUGAGAGUGCGAAAACAGUAGGAAUCAAGCGCUUCAUCCACAUUUCUACCGAUGAGGUUUAUGGAGAGGUUGCGCAUGGGAAUGAUGAUCUUCCUGAAGCGAGUAUUCUAUCGCCGACAAAUCCAUAUGCUGCGAGUAAGGCUGCAGCAGAGAUAUUGGUGAAUUCGUAUCAGAAGAGCUUUAAACUUCCUGUUAUUAUUGUGAGGAGUAAUAAUGUCUAUGGGCCGCAUCAGUACCCUGAGAAAAUCAUACCCAAGUUCAUCUCACUACUCCAUCGCGGUGAACCCGUGAUACUUCAUGGAGACGGGAGUCCAACACGACGCUACCUCUUCGCAGGAGAUGCCGCCGAUGCCUUUGAUACAAUCCUCCACAAAGGCGAGAUCGGCCAAAUCUACAACAUUGGCUCCAGCGACGAGAUCUCCAAUAUCGAACUCUGUCAUAUUAUUCUUACCGAGAUGGACAUUGAUGUUGAGGAUACGAACGACUUUCAGCGCUGGGUGAAACAUACUCAUGACCGCCCGUUCAAUGAUCAAAGGUACGCUGUUGAUGCUACCAAACUCAAGAUGUUAGGUUGGAAACAAAAGACAAGUUUUGAGGAGGGGCUUAAGACGACGAUUGAUUGGUAUAAGCGAUAUGGUGAUAAGUGGUGGGGCGACAUUUCUCCUGUAUUGACGCCCUUCCCUCAAGCUUUGAGCAAGAAGCAGGAGGAACAGGUAGUAACACCUACCAGUCUACCGGAAGUUUAA